UUUUGCCAUCCCUUGGCCAACUCAUCUUUGCAGCAAUUGUCAAAUUCUGCUGUUCUGUGUAUUAAAAAUCGCAAAAAUGAUUAAAUCAACUCUUGCUAUUCUUACAAUCUUAGGAUGUAUUUGGCCCCUUCAUAGCGUCAUGUUUCACUUGCCACCAAACACACAGAAAUGUCUUAAGGAAGAUAUACAAGCAAACCAAUUGGUAAUGGGCGAAUACGAAGUCUCAGAUGUUCCCGGCCAAGUUAUAGACUAUAUUGCACGCGACACCAAGGGUCACAUAUUGUCACAAAAAGAACACAUUACCAAAGGAAAAUUCAGCUUUAUGUCUGAAGUGUAUGACGCGUACGAAAUUUGCUUCAUUUCAAAAGUGCCACCACAUCAACGAGGAAUUAGCCAAGAAGUCUCUCUAGUUACUAAAAAGGGUGUUGAAACUAAAAGCUAUGAAGGCAUUGGCGAAGCAUCCAAACUGAAGCCGCUUGAGGUGGACCUAAAGCGCCUAGAAGAUCUUUCUGAUUCCAUUGUACGUGAUUUUGCUCUAAUGCGCAAACGAGAAGAGGAAAUGCGGGACACAAAUGAAAAAACUAAUAGCAGAGUUUUGUUCUUCAGCAUAUUCAGUAUGUGCUGUCUACUUGGCUUGGCAACAUGGCAAGUCCUAUACCUUCGCAGAUAUUUCAAGGCAAAAAAACUCAUCGAAUAGUGUUUAAAUUCUUAUUCCGAGACGUUACGUACAUUUCGCAGAGCCUGAGCUUCAACACCAACCUUCUCAUCUUUUCCCUUAAAAAUAAAAUGUAACAAAUUAAA